AAAUGCGCCGAAAGAACUGCCAUCUUUGAAGUCGUGCGGUUUGCCCUGUCUCGCUUGUGUUUGUCGCAGGCUUUGUAUACCAAGCUGUUCAGGUGUCAUACAGGUGAUCCGCUAUUUUGUACUUAUCCCUGUUCCACAACUACACGUACAGUUCAAGGUAGAGGUUGAAGCGACCUAGACAUCUUUGGACAAGAUGAGACCAAUCACAGUCAUACUUCUUCUUUUUGUCGUCUACGCAUGCGCAUCAAGUGCACGCUUAAAGCGGUCAGCGGUCCGCACCAAGGUACUGAUCCUGGGCGCGGGUGUAGCGGGGCUGAACGCGGCAAAACAUUUGACGGACGCCGGUUUUCAUGACUUUCUUAUCCUUGAAGGAGAGGGGCGUGUGGGGGGUCGGUUUAAACAGGCGGAAGUGGGCGGGGCUAUGAUCGAGGAGGGUGCCAACUGGGUGCAUCACGUGACUGAUGAUAACCCGAUCUGGAAGCUGGUCCAAAAGUAUAAGCUCAACGGAUAUUUUACCGACUACAGCGAUAUAAUGAUAAGGAACGAAAAAGGCAAAGACGUCACCAACAAGACGGCUAUAAAUCACUUCUACUCAUCAUUGGAAAAGGCAAGUGAACUCGCCCAUCAACGGAGGCAACAGCAAAAGCCCGACAUGUCCCUUAGAGUUGGACUUGCUCAAGCUGGCUGGAAACCCAAGAACCCUGUGGAUGACGUCGUUGAAUACCAUGGCGUGGACUUCGAGUACCCAGACAAACCCGAACUCGACUCAUUCUCGGCUGAAGUUCGUGGUCGGGAUUUCUUCGUGCUUGAUUCGAGAGGUUAUGGGCACAUCUGGCAGGAGAUGGCCAAAGAGUUCAUGGACAAAAUCAUUCUGAAUGCUGUGGUCAGAGAGAUUCGUUAUUCCAACUAUGGCGUCACCGUGACCACUACCGACGGUAGGACGUACUCAGGGCGUUACAGUCUUUGUACAUUUAGCACUGGUGUCCUUGCAACUGACAUGGUCAACUUCAGUCCGCCGCUACCCGAAUGGAAAAUGGAAUCCAUCUAUAAAGUACCUAUGCGCUAUUACACGAAGAUUUUCCUGCAGUUCCCCACGGAUUUCUGGGACGACAACGAGUUCAUCCUGUACGCACAUAAGAAUCGCGGACAUUAUCCGAUCUGGAUGGAUAUAGACAGGCCCGGUCUUGCCCCUGGAAGCAAGAUCCUUCAUGUGACGGUCACUGGAGACGAGGCGCUGAGAGUCGAGGGUCAGAGUGAUGAAGAGACGAAGGCUGAAAUUAUGCGGGAGCUGAGGAAAGUCUAUGGGUCUGAUAUACCUGAACCAAUAGACUUCUUCUACAGUAGAUGGUCUCGCAACAACUUCACCCGAGGGUCUUUCCCAAACGUUAUGAUCGGUACAACAAAGGAAGACUUCCACAAUCUCCAAGGCAACGUCAAAAGCUUGUACUUCGCUGGCGACGCUACAGAAUACGAAUGGUGGGGAUUUGUUCAGUCCGCUUAUCUCUCAGGCAGGCGGAAGGCAACAGAGAUUUUGAAAUGCCUACAGCAGACUUGCGACAUCUUUCAUCCGAUGUCUAACGUCGUACAAGGGGUCUACAUACAGUACUGGUGAAUCAUGAAAACUAUAAUGACAUCUGAUUUCAUUUAAGGUGCCUAUUGUAGCAUGGUAACAAUUCUGUUGCUAUUGAUACCAUUGUCUUUCUAAGAAGUGGUAAAACCUUUCCGUUUAUUUUUCCGUGAUGUGAUUCAUCAAUAAAAAACUAAAUGGC